CACCAGUAGAUGGCGUAAAGUAACAAGUAUACUUGUUUCAAGCGUAACCAGCGUAUUUUCAUGUUAUUGGACUGUGAAUUAAUUUUCUUACAUGUUUAUGUGAUUUUGUCAUUGAAAUUGUAAGUUAUUUCAACAUUCCUUAGGCUUGGGUACACCAAUUUUCAAACAAGUCAACGAUGGCUUCUCCGAUGUCAAUGGGAGACCCUCAACCUCAAACAAUGCAACCAACUAGUCCUUAUGGCAAUGCUCCUAACAUGAAGCCAUCACUGUUAUCUUAUGCUCAGCAUCAGCAAUUGAAAGCUCAAGUAAUGGCUUACCGUUAUAUUGCUCGUAAUUUGCCGGUUCCUGAAAAUCUUCAAGCUGCGUUGAAUAGAAAACACUUUCCGCAACCUCCACAAUCACAAUCACCCAUUCAAUCAACCUUACCUCCACCCCAACAACAGCAACCUUCACCAAUACCAUCUCCUCAACAACAUCAACAGCACCAACAACCUUUAUCACAUCCCCUUCCACAGAAUGUACCACAAAACUAA